AUGUUCUGGCUGACAGCGAGUACAGGCAAAAUAUCACUCACCGAUGGUGAAGACGGGCUCGACACUCGCGCUUUGUCCACUCGAGCGAACGUCCCAGGUCUGCACUGCGGGUAUACUCGAGCAGCUCUAUGUGCCUUGAAUGUUGGGGGAGUCGUUGCUCAGUGCAUCUGGGCUGCGGUCGAUAGUGGAAUUGACGCAGGGGCGGACGGGAGCCGCAAGACUGAGGAAACCGCUGAUGUCGCCGUGACUCCAGAGGAUUGCGGCUUCCUUCGGCCACCGAAGCCACCAAGGUCAGGAGGCAAGUGCGUUGGCGCUGGAGGCGUUCGAGGUCUUGAUGAGAUUGAGCCUAAGGAUGGCGUGUACAAGCUCUGUGGCAGCGGUUGCGAUGGAGACAGGCCAGCCUCGGCACCUUGGUUGAUGCAAAAUCAGCAACGAUAUGUCGCCAUUCAGCGCCACGAGCAGAAACUCCUCAGGAAGGCCUCAGCUGACCCAAGCCUCCAGGCAAGCUUAACCUCAUCCCCACAAGCCACCAUCACUGGAUCUGUGGGAAGAUCCGGGGCGGCUGCAGUGACGAUCACGCCACAUGUUGCAAAGAAGAUUCACAAGCUCAGGGACGAACCUCUGGAGGUGCGGAGAAGCUUUCAUUGGCCAUUCACUUACCUCCAAAGGAUCUAG